AUGAAUGCCGUGGUGGCCUGGAUAUGUGCCUUGGGGCUUCUGAUGCCUGCGGAAGGAGUGGUGCGAUUGUACCCAAUACUGAACGAUCCGACAGCGAAUCCCCAACAACAACGUGCUUGGAUCAAGACACCAAAAGGCCUUGCCAACUUCGUCCACUUUGCGGCCUAUCGUGGUGCGCUGGAUGCCAAUGACCUGGAUGCCUAUGCGGCCACGGGCCUUGGUGAUGCAGUUUGGCCACAGUACACUGCCCUACACGAUCUAAACAACACCAUGCGAAACGUUGUCUCCCGACAUAUGUGGCUGGUUGAUGUUUCGAAUUACCUUCCAGGCGACACAGACAGAUGUGACCCUGUUUCGCCAGGUGUAUCUGUGUGCGAAUACCACUUGCUUGCGGACACUUCGAAACUGCUUGCUUUGCUCGGUGAGAACUUCACAGGAAUGGACAACGGGGAGCAAGAUGGUCGAUGGAUGGGCUUUGCUGGCCAGCAACUCCGUGGACGCGGCGGCAGCCCAAAAGCUCGACAAGAUGAGCUGAGACAAGGCUUCCUGUACUUCUCACAACACUUUGAGCGAAUGGCAGAUGAUUUGGGUUUCAAGCUCAUGAGCUUGAACAGCCUGUGGUACCCUCACUACUAUGCACGCGCAGGCUACUAUACGUUGCUGGGUGCCGAGACGGCGCAGGGCCUGCCAAAUGAUCAGAUCUUCUACGCCUUUCUUCGCGGUGCAGCUAAGCAGUAUGGCUUACGCGUGUGGGGAGAUGCUUCGGUUGGGAAUCGUUGGUGGGGGCCGGAGGGGCCAAAGGACUGUAGCAGCUGCACGUGCUCAGAGAAUGGCACUUCACUGGCUCUCAUGCGAUCGCUGAUGUACCAGCAGCUUCUGUAUAACUCAGCUUUUUUCUCAUUUGAAGCAGGAUGGACAUGCGGAGUCAACAAGACACAGCUGAGUCCCAUUGGCAUCAUCCAAAAGGCAGGCAAGUCCUUCGUGGAUCGCCAGAUCACUGCCGGAGGCAUCCAGGCCGGGAUCGGCAGUCACAUCACGCAGUUCGCCAUUCUGUUAGAUUACUUUGCCGGCUUCCAGCCUCCAAGGCAUUUGUACCAGAAUGUUGCCUUCCGUGUAUGGGGCAACAUUCCGUGGGAGAAGGCAGAAUUCUGGACACAUGGUGUUUUGAAUGUGUUAUAUCCUGGGUACGAGACUGCCAGCUACUUUCACAAUGAAUCAGGCUUUCUCGCGCCCACCCCGUUUGGUGAUGCCGCUGACAUGCUGCUAUCUGAUGCACCCCUCUGGCUGCUGCAGCGAUAUCCUGUGGUAGUUGUGGGGUCGGCCCUGCGGGCCAUGCGCAGCGAGGUUGCCAAGAAGUUGGAGGACUACGUCGCUGGCGGAGGUAUCCUUGUCAUCACGGCGGACGCCAUCCGCACUCUGCCACUGACUGCUGUGGAGGCUGCUUCUGGCAGGGACUGCAAUACCUUGCCAGCGGGAGCCAUAGUAACUGUUCAAAGCAUCUCCGAUCCCACAACACCACCGAAGCAGGUCAAAGAGACGGCGCCACUGAAGGUUUGCACACUCAACUGGAGGACAACUGCCAAGACUCGAGCAAUUGCAUCUGUCGGUUUGCAAACAUUGGCUGCGGUAGCUGCGAUCGGCACUGGUCGCUUGGUGGUGAUCGCAUCCUCCGGCGUCGCAGGCACCAGCCAGGUACCCGCAGUACCCUUGCCCUUGGCGCCCUCGGCCAGUCAGGCUGUCGACAAGAAGCUGCCUAUUCCGUUUCCGAUUGCACAACAUGUCCGGAUGAUCCUGGAAGAGAUCUUCAUGGAGCAGGCUGUGUUCCAAGUGGAGGACGCCUCAGAUAGCCCUGCCCUCAACAUGGUGGCCACCCGACGCUCAGAUGCUGAGUAUAUACUCGCAGUGGCAAACACGCAGCUGUCACAGCGCCCUUUCAAGAUCAGGAGCCGAAUAGGCCCCAUAAAGUCCGUGGACGAAGUAGAACUUGAUGAUGCCAUGGUGGCUUCGUGUGCAACGCCAGGGUACGUACCUACCCACACCCCGAAGGGAGUUGACUGCGGAAGUGACAGUUCAACUACCAUCGCUGGUUUAAGUCAGCGAGUCUUUUCAAUCACACUGCAGAAAAGCAACGCAUCCAUCAUCCAGCCACAGUCACCCCCACUGCUUCCGAGCCAUCGUGGGUUGCCACUAAGUGGCACUGGCAGCCUGGUGGAGCAGGUGUUGCUUCGGCCAUCCUUCUUCCAGCACUGGGACACGAUCGCAGUGGACUGGCGCUACGUUGAGGUUCGUGACACAGCAGCACUCAUCGAAGAUGCAGCCUGGGCCAUUCGGCAGCGACUGCGGAUUGUCGUUGACUUCUCCAGUGGUGCCAACUUGUAUCCGGACCUGCGGUUUUGCAACAACAGCGCAGUGCAGUAUGAGGCUAGCAUUGCACGCGUCGAGAGAGUCUUAGGCAAAAUGGCAUCUAUUGUGCAUAGCGAUGCCCCGAACCGCCCCAACGGAGUUUUCUCCUCACACGCCAUCCUAGCCUUCCACCGCGCACCUGAGAAUUACUACUCGAGUUCUCAGUGCUUGGCGGACUUUGCUGCUGCUGGUGCACGCUUGGCGAAUAGGGCUGCCACGCACAACAUCUCCAUCUCUGUCCGCGUCGGCUUGCCAGGAAAGCCUCCAGCAAACCUGCCUGCUGCAGCUGCCCUUCUGGAAGCAAUGGGUUCACCAGAAAACGUCCGCCUUGCACUCCAGCUGGCCUCGGUUUCGACAGGGCCUGUGUCAGCCAGCGACCAUCCAUUGUUGGCGCUUGUUGCUGUUUGGAUGGCAGCCGGCCGCUCCGUCGAUACCUACAACGAUGGUAGCGGCGGUUUGAUCGGCAUGAGUUCACCUUUGGCAUGCCUGAAGCGCGACGAGGCACAGUGGGCUGCCGAGUGGCUGGCACAGCGUGCGCAUGGAUCGCUGCUGCUGCACGAUGCCUCGUUUCCGCGAGAGCUGGAGGAUGCUCAAGAUGCUGAGUUCGAGGAAGUAAGGGCUCUGGAGGCUCUGGAGCUCAAGCAGAUGCCACCAGCGACCUCUAUUUGCACAAGCGAUGGUGAGGAGGACCAGGACAGCUUGCAAUACGUGUGA